GUGUGGUAUUUUCGUAAUAAACUAAGAUGUGACCGUGGUAAUUAAGCGACGAGUUAUUUGUGUAAUAAGAUGUAUGCUAGCUAGCUCGUGUGCUAAUGGGAUUUAGCAGCAUUAGCCAAAGCACAUCACCCUAAACACUUAAAACCCAAGACAACAAGAACAAACUAGAUUGCCUGUUGCUGUUUACCUGUAGUUUUAAACACGGUUGCCGUCUGGUUUAUACGGAUAGAAGAAAACAAAGAGAUGUCUGACAGCGAUGACAGUGAUUUCUCUGAUAAUCAGAGCGAGAGGAGCAGCGAGGCUGAGGAGGUGGAGGAGAACGAGGAUGAGGAACAGGGGAGUGUAGCUGGCAGUGACAAGGAGGCUGAGGAGGAGGGAGAAGAUUUGGAGGAUGAGGAGGAGUAUGAUGAAGAGGAAGAAGAGGAUGAUGACCGGCCCAGGAAAAAACCUCGGCAUGGGGGCUUCAUCUUGGAUGAAGCCGAUGUUGAUGAUGAGUAUGAAGAUGAAGAUCCAUGGGAGGAUGGUGCUGAAGACAUCUUAGAAAAAGAAGAGGCCGAAGUGUCCAACAUUGACCAUGUAGUUUUGGAUGAGGAUCACUCUGGUUCAAGGAGGUUGCAGAAUCUCUGGAGGGAUUCACGUGAGGAAGCUCUGGGGGAGUAUUACAUGAGAAAAUAUGCCAAGUCCUCAGGUGGAGAGCAUUUCUAUGGCGGCUCUGAGGAUCUUUCUGAUGACAUCACCCAGCAGCAGUUGCUUCCUGGGGUCAAGGAUCCUAAUUUGUGGACCGUUAAGUGUAAGAUCGGAGAGGAGAGAGCAACUGCCAUUGCCUUGAUGCGGAAAUUUAUUGCUUAUCAGUGCACCGACACGCCGCUUCAAAUCAAAUCAGUGGUGGCCCCUGAGCACGUCAAAGGUUAUAUCUAUGUGGAGGCGUACAAGCAGACCCAUGUCAAGUCCGCCAUUGAGGGUGUUGGAAACCUGCGUAUGGGCUUCUGGAACCAGCAGAUGGUGCCCAUUAAAGAGAUGACAGAUGUGCUGAAGGUGGUUAAGGAAGUGACUAACCUUAAACCCAAGUCUUGGGUUCGUCUUAAGAGAGGCCUUUAUAAAGAUGACAUUGCCCAGGUGGACUAUGUUGAACCGAGCCAGAAUACGAUCUCCCUGAAAAUGAUUCCUCGUAUUGAUCUAGAUCGCAUCAAAGCGAGGAUGAGUAUGAAAGACUGGUUUGCAAAGAGAAAGAAGUUUAAGAGGCCCGCUCAGAGGCUUUUUGAUGCUGAAAAGAUCAGGUCACUUGGUGGGGAGGUCAGCCAUGAUGGUGACUUCAUGAUAUUUGAAGGCAACCGAUACAGCCGCAAAGGCUUCCUGUUCAAAAGCUUUGCCAUGUCAGCUGUGAUCACUGAAGGGGUCAAACCCACACUAUCAGAGCUGGAGAAGUUUGAGGACCAGCCAGAGGGGAUUGACCUUGAAGUAGUCACAGAGACAACAGGUAAGGAGCGUGAGCACAAUCUCCAGGCAGGAGAUAAUGUGGAAGUGUGUGAGGGGGAGCUGAUCAACCUUCAGGGUAAAAUCCUGAGUGUGGAUGGCAACAAGAUCACCAUUAUGCCCAAGCAUGAAGAUCUCAAGGACCCUCUUGAGUUUCCAGCUCAUGAGUUGAGGAAGUACUUCCGUAUGGGCGACCACGUGAAGGUUAUUGCAGGACGUUUUGAAGGUGAUACAGGCCUUAUAGUUCGUGUGGAGGAGAACUUUGUCAUUUUGUUCUCUGAUCUCACCAUGCAUGAGUUGAAAGUCUUGCCCCGGGACCUGCAGCUGUGCUCUGAGACCGCCUCAGGUGUGGAUGCAGGAGGCCAGCAUGAGUGGGGAGAGCUGGUACAAUUAGACCCCCAAACUGUAGGUGUCAUUGUCAGGCUGGAAAGAGAGACCUUCCAGGUUCUGAACAUGCACGGGAAAGUUUUGACUGUACGGCACCAGGCAGUGAAUAGACGGAAGGACAACCGCUUUGCUGUCGCUCUCGACUCUGAGCAAAACAACAUCCAUGUGAAGGAUAUUGUGAAAGUCAUUGAUGGACCUCAUUCGGGCCGUGAAGGUGAAAUUCGCCACAUCUUCAGAGGUUUUGCAUUUCUUCACUGCAAGAAGCUGGUUGAAAACGGAGGCAUGUUUGUUUGUAAAGCACGCCACCUCGUUCUGGCAGGCGGCUCAAAGCCCAGAGAUGUGACCAAUUUUACAGUGGGAGGCUUUGCACCUAUGAGUCCACGCAUCAGCAGCCCAAUGCACCCCGGCGGAGGUGGUCAGCAGCACAGGGGCGGAGGUGGUGGCAUGGGUCGGGGCCGUGGGCGACGAGACAAUGAUCUGAUUGGGCAGACUGUUCGUAUAUCCCAGGGACCAUACAAAGGCUAUAUUGGAGUGGUGAAGGAUGCCACAGAAUCAACCGCAAGGGUAGAGCUCCACUCAACUUGCCAGACCAUCUCUGUGGACCGUCAGCGUCUUACAACUGUUGGCGGCAAAGAAAGACAAGGAAGGACUUCCACCCAUUUACGAACCCCUAUGUACGGCUCCCAGACACCCAUUUAUGGAACUGGCUCACGUACCCCCAUGUAUGGUAGCCAGACACCCCUCCAUGAUGGAAGCCGUACUCCUCACUAUGGCUCCCAGACUCCUCUGCAUGAUGGGAGCAGAACGCCAGGUCAGAGCGGCGCUUGGGACCCCAACAAUCCAAACACACCAUCACGGCCUGAUGACGAAUACGAGUUCGCCUAUGACGACGAGCCCUCGCCGUCUCCUCAAGGCUAUGGCGGUACGCCCAACCCUCAGACUCCUGGCUACCCAGAAGUGCCCUCCCCGCAGGUCAACCCUCAGUACAAUCCUCAGACUCCUGGGACUCCUGCCAUGUACAACACCGACCAGUACUCCCCGUAUGCAGCUCCCUCUCCACAAGGGUCCUACCAGCCCAGCCCCAGCCCACAGAGUUAUCACCAAGUGGCCCCAAGCCCAGUGGGAUACCAAAACACACACUCGCCCGCCAGUUACCACCCCACCCCGUCACCCAUGGCCUACCAGGCCAGUCCGAGUCCCAGUCCGGUAGGGUACAGUCCAAUGACUCCUGGAGCUCCAUCUCCGGGAGGCUACAACCCUCACACCCCCGGAUCUAACAUCGACCAGGCCUCCAAUGACUGGGUCACCACAGACAUCAUGGUGCGUGUGAAAGACACAUUCCUGGAUGGAGGCGUCAUCAAUCAGACCGGUGUCAUCCGGAGUGUCACCGGGGGGAUGUGCUCCGUUUUCCUGCAAGACACGGAGAAGGUCGUUAGUAUUUCAAGUGAACAUUUGGAACCUGUUACGCCAACCAAAAACAACAAGGUGAAGGUGAUUCUGGGAGAGGACAGGGAGGCCACAGGAGUCCUGCUCAGUAUUGAUGGUGAAGACGGGAUUGUUAGAAUGGAGCUGGAUGAGCAACUGAAGAUUCUCAAUCUCCGCUUCCUUGGGAAAUUGGAAGUGUGAAGAACACCACGCAUUUAAACAUUUUGCUAUUCGAAUGCAGAUGCUGCAGAUUAGUCACUUUCAGUGAGCUUUGUUUUUUUCUUCUGUUCGCCAUCUACAUUGUGAAGUAACUGGCCUUUUACACUUUUGUUUUUUGUUGUUUUUUUACUUAGUUGAAGGUUUUAGUGGAUAGUCUAUUUUCUGUUUCUUCUGUGGUGUAGAAACAUACUUUUUGGCAAACUGAUUCCAUGUCAAAUAAAAUGUGAACCGUGAGUCCCCAAAUCCAUCCAUCCUGAGUGUUCGCAUGAAAUAUUUAAUAGCUGAUGGCUGUUCAUUUUAAACCUUUUAUUGCCUGCCGGUGUUUAGAACAUCGACCAUAAAGAGGAAUUCCAUUUUUAUUCACUUUCGAGUGAUUUGAGCUCCAGCAGAUGAGAGAAACCGCUCUGCACCACCAAGUUUAUUCAACAUCAUGGUCCAUUUCUUUCUGAACCUUUAAUGUCACUAACAAUUGGUGCAUAUUCUGAGUGCAUUAAAGGUCUUUCAAAACCCUUUAA